GUCGCCUCCCAGAAAGUCCUUGACUCGGACUCGAUGAUGUCACCGGACCUGUCGCCCUUCGGCCUGCCGUUGGACAGCUUGGACGAGCGGAGGCGGAGUCAGGCGCUGAUGGGAAUGGCCGACGUGGAGGCGAACCUAUCGGAGGAGAAGCUGCUGCAGGUGGACAUGACGGACGGAGGGAAGCCGCUCCAUCCUCUCCUGGCUCGCUCCUUCUCCACGAGGACGAGGCGAAGCAGUCAGGUCUCCUCCAUCUUUAACUUCCGUCUGAGGAGCCGAGGGUCGGAGGGAGAGAUGGCGGACGAUGAGUACAGCGUCCCGGGCGAUGUGGUGGAGGGCGUCGGGGGGCGAACGUACAGCGGUGGGACCUUCAGCGGCAUCAUGCCCCACCCGUGGCCCAAAAGACGACCAAGCACCUACAGCAACACCAGCAAGAGCUCCCAGGUAUUUUAUCCGACUCUCAACGUCAACGGGAAGCUGUUUGUUGCCAUUGACCAGAACGGGGUUUCUCCACCGCCGCUGCAGGGGCAGCUGCCUGCCUGCACCAUGGAGAAGGUCAAGGAGGAGAGUGUCCCGACCUCCACCACGGAGUUGAGCACCAUGCUGUUGCCUCGUCCUUCCUCCACACAGGACUCAGAGCGCCGGGGCAGAGCGAUGAGUGCUGCCAGCUACCUGACAGACGCCAUGGAGGAGCUGGAGGAGGCCCAUAAGAAGUGCCACCCGUGCUGGUACGUGUUCGCCCACCGCUACCUGGUGUGGCAGUGCUGCCCCCGGUGGCUGAGGCUGAAGGAGCUGGUGAAGAUCAUGGUGAUGGAUCCCUUCCUGGACCUCGCCAUCACCGUCUGCAUCGUCCUCAACACGCUCUUCAUGGCCAUGGAGCAUUACCCCAUGACCGAUGAGUUCAACGGCAUGCUGAGCAUAGGAAACCUGGUGUUUUCGGGGAUCUUCACGGCAGAGAUGGUUUUAAAGAUCAUCGCUCUGGAUCCGUACUACUACUUCCAGACCGGCUGGAACAUCUUCGACAGCAUCAUCGUCUGCCUCAGCCUGAUGGAGCUCGGCCUGUCCGACGUGGAGGGGCUCAGUGUGCUCCGCUCCUUCAGACUGCUUCGUGUUUUUAAGCUCGCCCGCUCGUGGCCGACUCUCAACACUCUGAUAAAGAUCAUCGGGAACUCGAUGGGCGCCCUCGGCAACCUGACGCUCGUCCUCGCCAUCAUCGUCUUCAUCUUCGCCGUCGUCGGCAUGCAGCUGUUCGGAAAGAACUACCAG